AUGGAGAGCUUCCGUGGCAUACCUUUUGCUCAGCCACCCAUCGGCAACCUGCGGCUGCGUCCGCCCCGUCGCCUUGUCCAAAAUAUCGGCAAGCUAGAUGCAACGAUUCUAGGAUCCAGCUGUCCGCAGCUGAUCCUGUCUUCUGGAAGCAACAGCAUAGCCACGAAGUAUCUUGGCAAACUCGCCAACAAUCAAAUGUUCCAGAAAGCUGCCAACGUCAAGGAGGAUUGUCUGACCCUCAAUAUCCAGCGACCUGCUGGUACAAGUAGCAGCUCCAAAUUACCGGUGAUUUACUGGUUCUUUGGGGGUGCUUUUGAGGUGCCGCCCUCAGACUCUCUCAAGUUCGGCACAAACAACGUCUACGACGCUACAGGCAUCAUCAAUCUCAGUCGUCUCGGCCUGGAGUGGGUUGCCGACAACAUCCAAGCCUUUGGUGGAGACCCGAGCCGUGUCACUCUUUGGGGCGAAUCAUCCGGGUCCGUGUCUGUCUUUGACCAGAUGCUGCUCUACGAAGGAAACAACACAUACAAGGGGAAACCGCUAUUCCGCGGAGCAAUUAUGGACUCGGGCAGUCUUGUACCUGCGCAGCCCGUAGACUCGCCCAAAGCCCAGGCUAUCUACGAUUCUGUUGUUUCUGCUAGCGGCUGUGAGGAUUCCGACAACACGCUGGACUGCCUGCGCAACUUGCCAUACGACCAGUUUCUAAACGCCGCAAAUGCUGUCACGGGCAUCUUUACCUACAGCUCACUAGCACUAUCGUAUUUGCCACGACCAGAUGGCAUAACCUUGACACAGAGUCCCGAGGUCCUGGUACGCAACAACUCGUAUGCAGCAAUUCCUAUGAUUAUUGGGGACCAGGAGGACGAGGGUACCGUCUUCUCUCUCAUGCAGACAAAUUUGACAUCUACCGCAGCGGUUGCUCAAUACCUCAAGGAUUUCUAUUUCGAAGAAGCUACUCUGGAGAAGUUGAUACAGUUUGUUGACACCUAUCCGGACGAUCCGACCGUUGGCUCACCGUUCCGCACCGGCAAUGCCAACGAGCUAUACCCGGGCUUCAAGCGCCUGUCUGCCAUUCUGGGUGAUAUUGUGUUUACACUGGCACGCCGCAUGUUUCUGGCCAAUGCAAAGACCACGAACCCAAAUGUGCCUGCGUGGUCAUAUCUGAGCUCCUACAAUCACGGCUUGCCAUUUCUAGGCACUUUCCACUCGUCCGACAUCGUCCAGGUUUUCUACGGUAUCCCGUCAAACUUUGCUGGUCGCGCCAUUCAAACUUACUACAUCAAUUUCAUCAACAGCCAAAAUCCCAAUGUUGGCACCGAUGUAUACAUGAACUGGCCAAAGUGGGGAGAUGAUCUUCAGCUUGUAAAUUUCUUCUGUCGUCAUGCGAGCUUAUUGAAAGACGAUUUUCGCCAAGAAAGCUACGAAUUUAUCGCCCGGAACGUCGCUUCUCUUCAUUUUUAA